AUGAAAUUGCAAUUCUUGGUUCUUGGUCUUCUUGCCUCAAGCGUCUUGGCUCAACAACCUGGUACACCAAGUGCCGAUUCGGGUGAUGUUGCCGCUGGAGCUGGUGAUGCUGCUGCCAGUGGUGAUCCUUCUGGUGCUGGUGAUGCCACUGCUGGUGACCCAAGUGGUGGUGAUGCUGCUUCUGGAGCUGAUGAAAAUGGAGCAGAUGCUUCAGGAGCGAGUGAUGCUGGUACUCCUACCUCCUCAGCACCUGCUGCUGAUGGUUCGGGUGAAGCUGCGACACCUACCCCUGACACUCAAGCUUCAGAUGACGCCAAUAGUGGUGCCUCUGAUUUACCACAAGCUUCCACAUCCAUUCCCGAUAUCAACUGGUGGACAAGUAUGGUGAGCGAUACAUCUGGUUUUCCAACAGCAGCACCUUCUGCAUCCGAAACUUCUGCAGAUGUAUCAGGAUCAGCUUCUGAAGCUCCUUCUGCAUCUGGCUUAUCAUCUGCAGGAACGCUUCCUUCAGGAUCCUUAUCAUCUUUGCCAUCUUUGCCAUCAUCUUCUUCAUCUUCAUCUUCCCCAUCAUCCAUGUCCUCGUUGCCCGCUUCAGCAGGAGCAAGCAAGACCCAAGCCGGUGUUGGCCUUCUUGCAACAUUGGUGGUUGUUGCAUUUUCGAUUUGGAACUAG